AUGCAGAAGGGCCGGGGCACGCGAGGCGAGGACGCCGGCACGAGGGCACCUCCCAGCCCCGGGGUGCCCCCGAAGAGAGCCAAGGUGGGGGCCGGCAGAGGGGUCCUCCCCACCGGGGCAGGGGCCGGGGCGCCGGUCUUCCUGCGGCCCCUGAAGAACGCGGCGGUGUGUGCGGGCAGUGAUGUGCGGCUGCGGGUGGUAGUGAGUGGGACACCUCAGCCUAGCCUCAGCUGGUUCCGGGAUGGGCAGCUCCUGCCCACACCGGCCCCAGAGCCCAGCUGCCUGUGGCUGCGGAGCUGCGGGGCACAGGACGCCGGCGUGUACAGCUGCAGCGCCCAGAAUGAGCGUGGCCAGGCCUCCUGCGAGGCUGUGCUCACUGUGCUGGAGGUCAGAGACUCCGAGACUGCUGAGGAUGACAUCAGCGAUGUGCAAGGGACUCAGCGCCUGGAGCUUCGAGAUGACAGGGCCUUCAGCACCCCCACGGGGGGCUCUGACACCCUUGUGGGCACCUCUCUGGACACACCCCCGACCUCCGUGACUGGCACCUCAGAGGAGCAAGUGAGCUGGUGGGGCAGCGGGCAGACGGUCCUGGAGCAGGAAGCGGGCAGCGGGGGUGGCACCCGCCCCCUCCCAGGCAGCCCAAGGCAAGCACAGACAACCGGGGCCGGGCCACGGCACCUGGGGGUGGAGCCGCUGGUGCGGGCAUCGAGAGCUAAUCUGGUGGGCGCAAGCUGGGGGUCAGAGGAUAGCCUUUCGGUGGCCAGUGACCUGUAUGGCAGCGCGUUCAGUCUGUACAGAGGACGGGCGCUCUCGAUCCACGUCAGCAUUCCUCAGAGUGGAUUGCGCAGAGAGGAGCCUGACCUUCAGCCUCAGCCAGCCAGUGAUGCCCUUCGUCCACGUCCUGCCCUUCCACCUCCCUCCAAAUCCGCGCUGCUUCCCCCACCAUCUCCUCGGACACCACCAGCGCCCCUGCGGCCCUGGGUGCCCCUGCGCAAGGCCCGCUCGCUGGAGCAGCCCAAGUCCGAGGGCGGCGGGGCGUGGGACACACCAGGGGCCUCGCAGGAGGAGCUGCGGUCACCUCCGCGCAGUGUGGCAGAGCGGCUUCGCCUGUUCCAGCAGAAGGCGGCCUCGCUGGACGAGCGCACGCGACAGCGCAACGCAGCCUCGGACCUCGAGCUCCGCUUCGCCCAGGAGCUGGGCCGCAUCCGCAGAUCUGCGUCGCGGGAGGAACUGGUGCGUUCGCACGAGUCCCUGCGUGCCACGCUGCAGCGUGCCCCAUCUCCUCGAGAGCCCGGCGAACCCCCACUCUUCUCCCGGCCCUCCACACCCAAGACUUCACGGGGGAGGAGCCCGGCCGCCACCCAGCAGCCUCCUCCCAGCGGGGUGGGCAAAUCUGGGGACGAGCCUGGGAGGCCCCGGAGCCGAGGACCGGUGGGCAGGACUGAACUGGGGGAAGGCCCUCAGCAGGAGAUUAAGCGUCGGGACCAGUUCCCGUUAACCAGGAGCAGAGCCAUCCAGGAGUGCAGGAGCCCUGUGCCGUCCGCCACCGCUGAUCCCCCGGAAAGCAGGACAAAAGCCCCUUCUGGUCGGAAGCGGGAACCCCCUGCACAAGCAGUGCGCUUUCUGCCCUGGGCCACUCCGGGCGUGGAGGGCUCUGCUCUGCCCCAAACCUUGGAGAAGAACAGAGCGGGGCCAGAGGCUGAGAAGAGGCUUCGCAGAGGACCUGAGGAGGAUGGUCCCUGGGGGGCCUGGGACCGCAGAGGGACCCGCAGUCAAGGCAAAGGUCGUCGUGCUCGGCCUACAUCCCCUGAGCUCGAGUCCUCAGAUGACUCCUAUGUAUCCGCCGGAGAAGAACCCCUGGAGGCACCAGUGUUUGAGAUACCCCUGCAGAACAUGGUGGUGGCGCCAGGAGCUGAUGUGCUGUUUAAGUGCAUCAUCACCGCCAACCCCCCUCCCCAAGUGUCCUGGAAAAAGGAUGGGUCAACAUUGCACAGUGAGGGCCGUCUUCUCAUCCGAGCCGAAGGCGAGCGUCACACUCUGCUGCUCAGGGAGGCCAGGGCGGCUGAUGCUGGGAGCUACACAGCCACUGCCACCAAUGAACUGGGCCAGGCUAGCUGUGCUUCCUCACUGGCCGUGAGACCUGGUGGGUCCACAUCCCCUUUCAGUAGCCCUAUCACCUCUGAUGAGGAGUACCUGAGCCCCCCAGAGGAGUUCCCAGAGCCUGGCGAGACCUGGCCCCGAACCCCUACCAUGAAGCUCAGUCCCAGCCAGGAUCGAGAUUCCUCCGACUCUUCCUCCAAGGCACCCCCAACCUUCAAGGUCUCACUCAUGGACCAAUCGGUAAGAGAAGGCCAAGAUGUCAUUAUGAGCAUCCGAGUGCAGGGGGAGCCCAAGCCUGUGGUCUCCUGGCUGAGAAAUCGUCAGCCCGUGCGCCCAGACCAGAGGCGCUUCGCAGAGGAGGCCGAGGGUGGGCUCUGCCGGUUGCGAAUCCUGGCUGCUGAACGUGGUGAUGCUGGCUUCUACACUUGCAAGGCGGUCAAUGAGUAUGGCGCUCGGCAGUGUGAGGCCCGCCUGGAGGUCCGAGCACACCCUGAAAGCCGGUCCCUGGCCGUGCUGGCACCCCUGCAGGACGUGGACGUGGGGGCCGGGGAGAUGGUGCUGUUUGAGUGCCUGGUGGCAGUUCCAGCUGACGUGGAGGUGGACUGGCUGUGCCGUGGCCGCCUGCUGCAGCCUGCGCUACUCAAAUGCAAGAUGCAUUUUGAUGGCCGCAAAUGCAAGCUGCUGCUCACCUCUGUGCAUGAGGACGACAGUGGUGUCUACACGUGCAAGCUGAGUACAGUCAAAGAUGAACUGACCUGCAGUGCCCGGCUGACGGUCCGGCCAUCACUGGCGCCUCUUUUCACCCGGUUGCUGGAAGAUGUAGAGGUGCUAGAAGGCCGUGCUGCCCGCCUGGAUUGCAAGAUCAGCGGUACCCCUCCUCCCUCUGUUACCUGGACUCACUUUGGCCACCCUGUGAAUGAGAGUGAGAACUUGCGGCUGCGACAGGAUGGGGGUCUACACUCGCUGCACAUUGCCCGGGUGGGAAGUGAAGAUGAGGGACUUUAUGAAGUCAGUGCCACCAACACUCACGGCCAGGCCCACUGCUCUGCCCAGCUGUAUGUGGAGGAGCCUCGGACAGCCGCCUCUGGCCCCAGCUCGAAACUGGAGAAGAUGCCGUCCAUCCCUGAGGAGCCAGAGCACGGAGAUCUGGAGAGGCUGUCGAUUCCCGACUUCCUGCGGCCGCUGCAGGAUCUGGAAGUGGGAUUAUCUAAAGAGGCCAUGCUGGAGUGCCAAGUGACCGGCCUGCCCUAUCCUGCCAUCAGCUGGUUCCACAACGGCCACCGAAUUCAAAGCAGUGAUGACCGACGAAUGACACAGUACAGGGAUAUACAUCGCCUGGUGUUCCCAGCUGUGGGGCCUCAGCACGCUGGUGUCUAUAAGAGUGUCAUCGCCAACAAGUUGGGCAAAGCUGCCUGCUAUGCCCACCUCUAUGUCACAGAUGUGGUUCCAGGCCCUCCAGACGGUGCUCCGCAAGUCGUGGCUGUGACAGGAAGGAUGGUCACGCUCACAUGGAACCCACCCAGGAGUCUGGACAUGGCAAUUGACCCAGAUUCCCUGACAUACACUGUGCAGCACCAGGUGUUGGGCUCAGACCAGUGGACGGCACUGGUCACAGGCCUUCGGGAGCCUGAGUGGGCAGCCACAGGGUUGAAGAAGGGACUCCAGCACAUCUUCCGGGUCCUCAGCACCAGUGGCAAGAGCAGCAGCAAGCCCUCAGCACCGUCCGAGCCUGUGCAACUGUUAGAGCAUGGCCCACCCCUGGAAGAGGCCCCAGCCGUGCUGGAUAAACCAGACAUAGUGUAUGUAGUAGAGGGCCAACCUGCUUGCGUCACUGUCACCUUUAACCAUGUGGAGGCCCAGGUUGUCUGGAGGAGCUGCCGAGGAGCCCUCCUAGAGGCUCGCACAGGUGUGUAUGAACUGAGGCAGCCAGAUGAUGACCAGUAUUGUCUUCGGAUCUGCCGGGUGAGCCGCCGGGACCUGGGGCCCCUUACCUGCACUGCCCGAAACCGCCAUGGCACAAAGGCCUGCUCGGUCACCCUGGAGUUGGCAGAGGCCCCUCGGUUUGAGUCCAUCAUGGAAGACGUGGAGGUGGGGCCUGGAGAAACCGCCCGCUUUGCUGUGGUAGUUGAGGGGAAACCACUCCCAGAUGUCAUGUGGUACAAGGUCAGAGGGCAAUGUGGCUGCAGCAGCUGGCAGGGAGCCUGGGGUUUGUGCAGUGUCUGGGCAGAGGCGUGGUUAGGAGCAGGAGGAGGUGUCUAUACCUGCACAGCCCGGAAUCUGGGCGGCGAAGUCUCCUGCAAGGCAGAGUUGUCUGUGCAUUCAGUCCAGACAGCUAUGGAGGUCGAGGGGGUCGGAGAGGAUGAGGAGCACCGAGGAAGAAGACUUAGCGACUACUACGACAUCCACCAAGAGAUUGGCAGGGGCGCCUUCUCCUACCUGCGGCGUGUGGUGGAACGGAGCUCUGGCCUGGAGUUCGCAGCCAAGUUCAUCCCUAGCCAGGCCAAGCCCAAGGCAUCAGCAAGACGUGAAGCCCGGUUGCUGGCCCGGCUCCAGCAUGACUGUGUGCUCUACUUCCACGAAGCCUUCGAGAGGCGCCGGGGACUUGUCAUUGUCACCGAGCUUUGUACAGAAGAGCUUCUAGAGCGCAUGGCCAGGAAACCCACCGUGUGUGAGUCUGAGACCCGGGCCUAUAUGCGGCAAGUGCUAGAAGGAAUAGGCUACCUGCAUCAGAGCCAUGUGCUACACCUUGAUGUCAAGCCGGAGAACCUGCUAGUUUGGGAUGGUGCAGGGGGUGAAGAGCAGGUGCGCAUCUGUGACUUCGGGAAUGCCCAGGAACUCACUCCAGGGGAGCCCCAGUACUGUCAGUAUGGCACUCCCGAGUUUGUAGCACCUGAGAUUGUGAACCAGAGCCCUGUGUCUGGAGUCACUGACAUCUGGCCCGUGGGUGUCGUUGCCUUCCUCUGUUUGACAGGCAUCUCCCCAUUUGUGGGGGAGAAUGAUCGGACAACACUGAUGAACAUCCGAAACUACAACGUGGCCUUUGAGGAGACCACAUUCCUGAGCUUGAGCAGGGAGGCCCGGGGCUUCCUCAUCAAAGUGCUGGUGCAGGAUCAUCUGAGACCUACUGCAGAAGAGACACUGGAACAUCCUUGGUUCAAAACACAAGCAAAAGGUGCAGAGGUGAGCACAGAUCACCUGAAGCUCUUUCUGUCACGGAGGAGGUGGCAGCGCUCCCAAAUCAGCUACAAGUGCCACCUGGUGCUGCGCCCCAUUCCAGAGCUGCUACGUGCUCCCCCGGAGCGGGUGUGGGUGGCCAUGCCUAGAAGACCACCCCCAAGUGGGGGACUCUCAUCUUCAUCAGACUCAGAAGAGGAAGAGUUGGAAGAACUUCCCUCGGUGCCCCGCCCCCUGCAGCCCGAGUUCUCAGGUUCUCGGGUAUCCCUCACUGACAUCCCCACUGAAGAUGAGGCUCUGGGGACCCCGGACGCUGGGGCUGCCACCCCCAUGGACUGGCAAGAACAGGGAAGGGCUCCCUCUAAGGACCAGGAGGCCCCCAGCCCUGAGGCACUCCCCUCUCCAGGCCAGGAGCCCCCAGAUGGGCCUAGCCCCAGGCGGCCGGAGCUCCGUAGGGGCAGCUCUGCUGAGAGCGCCCUGCCCCGAGUCGGGUCGCGGGAGCCGGGCCGGAGCCUGCACAAGGCAGCAUCUGUGGAGCUGCCGCAGCGCAGGAGCCCCAGCCCGGGUGCCACCCGCCUGACUCGGGGAGGCCUGGGUGAGGGCGAGUACGGCCAGAGGCUGCAGGCCCUGCGUCAGCGGCUGGGGGGGGGGGGGGCCCCGGGGGGGGAGGGGCGGGGGCGCCGGGGUCGGCACCGGCGCGCUGGGGCACCCCUCGAAAUCCCGGUAGCCAGGCUUGGGGCUCGCAGGCUGCAGGAGUCACCCUCUUUAUCUGCCCUUAGCGAAGCCCAGCCACCCAGCCCUGUGAGGACCAGCGUCCCCAAACCCAGUAUUCCCAAGUCUCCGGAACCUCCAGCUGCUACACCCAGAGACUCUCCCCAGGCCCCCGCACCCCUAGCCGCCCCAGAGAAGGUCCCAGAGCCCAAAACAGAGCCAGUCCGAGCUGCCAAACCAGCACAGCCAACGCUGGCUCUGCAAAUGCCAGCGCAGCCUCUCACCCCCUAUGCUCAGAUCAUGCAGUCGCUCCAGCUGUCCAGUCCCACCCAGUCCCCACAGGACCCUGCUGUGCCUCCAUCAGAGCCCAAGCCCCACGCGGCUGUGUAUGCCAGGGUGGCCUCCCCAUCUUCCGGAGCCUCCGAUAAGCGCGUGCCUUUGGCCAGAACUCCCCCAGUGCUAGCCGAGAAAGCCCGAGUCCCCACGGUGCCUCCCAGGCCAGGCAGCAGCCUUAGCAGCAGCAUCGAGAACCUAGAAUCAGAGGCUGUGUUCGAGGCUAAGUUCAAGCGCAGCCGCGAAUCGCCACUGUCACGGGGCCUGCGGCUCUUGAGCCGCUCGCGCUCGGAGGAGCGCGGUCCCUUCCGUGGGGCGGAGGACGAUGGCAUCUACCGUCCCAGCCCGGCGGGAACUCCGCUAGAGCUGGUGCGAAGACCCGAGCGCUCACGCUCUGUGCAGGACCUCAGGGUAGCGGGAGAGCCAGGCCUCGUGCGUCGCCUUUCGCUGUCCCUGUCGCAGAAGUUGCGGAGGACCCCGCCCGGGCAACGACACCCAGCUUGGGAGUCCCGCGGUGGAGAUGGGGAGAGCUCUGAGGGUGGUAGCUCAGCACGGGGCUCCCCGGUGCUGGCGGUGCGCAGGAGACUAAGCUCCACGCUGGAGCGUCUGUCCAGCCGUUUGCAGCGCAGCGGCAGCAGCGAGGACUCCGGGGGCGCCUCGGGUCGCAGCACACCCCUGUUUGGACGGCUGCGCAGGGCUACUUCGGAAGGGGAGAGCCUGCGACGCCUCGGUGUUCCACACAAUCAACUGGCCUCUCAGGCUGGUGCCACCACACCUUCCGCUGAGUCUCUGGGCUCAGAGACGAGUGGCACAUCGGGUUCCUCAGCUCCAGGGGAGAGCCGAAGCCGGCAUCGGUGGGGCCUUUCCAGGCUGCGCAAGAACAAGGGCUUAUCGCAGCCAAACCUCUCCGCCAGUGUCCAAGAGGACUUAGGUCACCAGUAUGUGCCCAGUGAAUCAGAUUUCCCCCCAGUCUUCCACAUUAAACUCAAGGACCAGGUGCUGCUGGAGGGGGAAGCAGCCACUCUGCUCUGCCUGCCAGCAGCCUGCCCAGCACCCCGUAUCUCCUGGAUGAAAGAUAAGCAGUCCCUGAGGUCAGAGCCCUCAGUGGUCAUUGUGUCCUGCAAAGAUGGACGGCAGCUGCUGAGCAUACCCCGGGCUGGCAAGGAGCAUACUGGGCUCUAUGAGUGCUCGGCUACCAACGUCUUGGGCAGCAUUACCAGCUCCUGUACUGUGUCUGUGGCCCGCAUCCCAGGAAAGCUAGCUCCUCCAGAGGUGCCACAGACCUACCAUGAUACAGCGCUGGUGCUGUGGAAGCCGGGAGACAGCCGGGCACCUUGCACCUACACUCUGGAGCGUCGGAUAGAUGGGGAAUCUGCCUGGCACCCUGUAAGUUCAGGCGUCCCCGACUGUUACUACAAUGUAACACAACUGCCUGUCGGUGUGACUGUGAGGUUCCGUGUGGCCUGUUCCAACCGUGCUGGGCAGGGGCCCUUCAGCAACCCUUCUGAGAAAGUCCUCAUCAGAGGCCCUCAAGAUUCUUCAGCUCAGCCAGCUGCUGCUCCCCAAGAUGCCCCUGUUACCUCAGGGCCAGCCAGGGCCCCACCUCCUUACUCUCCUACCUCACUGGCCCCUACCCCAGCUCUUGCUCCCCCAAGCCCCCAGGCAGCCACUCUUAGCUCUUCAACUUCCCCCAUGUCUGCUAGCCAGGCCUUGUCCUCACUUAGGGCCAUGGGUCCACCACCCCCAACCCCCCCACGAAAGCACAGGGGUCUGCUGGCUGCCCAGCAAGCAGAGCCCACCCCACCCAGGAUCCAAGUCACCCCAAGUGAACCCAAGUCUUUUGUCCCUGACACUGGAGCACUGACCCCAACCUCUACUCCUCAAGGAGCUAAACCAGCACCUUCCCCAUCUUCCUUGUAUAUGGUGACUUCCUUCAUGUCUGCACCUCCAGCCCCUGAGCCCCCAGCCCCUGAGCCCCCUCCUGAGCCCACCAAGGUGACUGUGCGGAGCCUCAGCCCAGCCAAGGAGGUGGUCAGCUCCUCCACACCUGAGAGCACCACUCUUCGACAGGGCCCCCCUCAGAAACCCUACACCUUCCUAGAGGAGAAGGCCAGGGGCCGCUUUGGUGUUGUGCGAUCAUGCCGGGAGAAUGCAACAGGCCGAACGUUUGUUGCCAAGAUCGUGCCCUAUGCGGCAGAGGGCAAGCAUCGAGUGCUGCAGGAGUAUGAGGUGCUUCGAACACUGCACCAUGAGCGGCUCAUGUCCCUGCACGAGGCCUACAUCACCCCUCGGUACCUUGUGCUCAUUGCUGAGAGCUGUGGCAACCGGGAACUCCUCUGUGGGCUCAGUGACAGAUUCCGGUAUUCAGAAGAUGAUGUGGCCACCUACGUGGUGCAGCUGCUACAAGGCCUGGACUACCUCCAUGGCCACCAUGUGCUACACCUGGACAUCAAGCCAGACAAUCUGCUGCUGGCUGCCGACAAUGCCCUUAAGAUUGUGGACUUUGGCAGUGCCCAGCCCUACAACCCUCAGGCCCUGAAGCCCCUUGGCCACCGCACAGGCACUCUGGAGUUCAUGGCUCCUGAGAUGGUGAAGGGAGAUCCCAUUGGCUCUGCCACAGACAUCUGGGGAGCAGGUGUGCUCACCUACAUCAUGCUUAGUGGAUAUUCGCCAUUCUAUGAGCCAGACCCCCAGGAAACAGAGGCUCGGAUUGUGGGGGGUCGCUUUGAUGCCUUCCAGUUGUACCCGAACACAUCCCAGAGUGCCACCCUCUUCUUGCGAAAGGUCCUUUCAGUACAUCCCUGGAGCCGGCCCUCACUGCAGGACUGCUUGGCCCACCCGUGGCUGCAAGAUGCCUACCUGAUGAAGCUGCGCCGCCAGACACUCACCUUCACCACCAACCGGCUCAAGGAAUUCCUGGGUGAGCAGCGGCGACGCCGGGCCGAGGCUGCUACCCGUCACAAGGUGCUGCUCCGCUCCUACCCUGGCAGCCCCUAGGUGGCAUGGACCACAGCUCUGCCACGGGCAUCAACUCGGGUUCUCACGCACGCUGCCAAGGGACAUUCCAGAGCCCAUGAGGAGCUGGACAGGCCGGGGCUUCAGAUACCAGCAGCAGCAACAUCUGGCUGGGCUAUUACCUCAUGGACCUAAGGGGACAAGGCCCCUGGGGCUUCAGCCGGAUGUCACCCCGGCUACAACCAGAGCAGGAGACCCACUGGUCAGACUGGGCAAGGGUGAGAACAGAAGGAGGCAAGAAGGGAGUGGGGAAGUGAAGGGUGGAAAAGUAGAGGCUGGGGAGGAAGGAACUUGAGGAAGGUUCUGGCAUGGAUGGGAGAGGUAUACCGGAUAUCUCAGGGAGUGGCUGGAGAGGGAGAAGGAUCCCAUGGUGUGGGAACAAUAAGCUGGGCAUGAGUAUAGAGAGGAGGGCAGACCAUUGCUACAUACCAGGAGCCAGAGCAGAGAGGUGGAAGGGAGGGCAGAGAGCGGGCUCAGGGCUGGCAGGGCAGGCCAGCAGCUGAAUCUUCAAAAAGAGAAAGGAGAAAGGCAAAGCGAUGUGGACCUCAGGCCACCAAAGCUGGCCUCCUGUCCCAGCAGAUGCAGUUCUGGGCCCUCUACACUGGCCCAAGGAUGUCCCCACUGCUCCUCCAUGCCUUUGCCCUUCUUCCUAUUUGUAUUUAUUUAUUUAUUGCCUUUUGUGGAGUUUCCUUUCCAUCCAAAUCCCCUAUUGCCUAUGUUGUCCUGACCAUCCCCUCAGCCAUCCAGCUGUCUGUGCAGCUCUCUGUCUGUCUGUCACAAGGAAAAUAAAAGCAGCAAGCAGCAGGA